CCGCCUUGGAAAUUCCUUAUUUUUUUUUUCCACAAAUUUUCAAAGAAAUUCGCUCAGAUCCUCUCCUUCUUCCAAAUCGAUCUUCAAAUCAAUUGUCUGAAAAACAUGGGAUUGAAGCGACCUUUUGAUGCUGAAGAGAUGCAAGAAUGCAAUGCUAAGCACGCAAGACAACUUAGUUAUAGCUCUAAGCAGCUGAACCAAUUAGACGAGUCUAUUCCAUAUCAUGUUCCUCUGGAGAAAACAGGUGUCAUAGUAGAGGAUCUGAGUGGUCUCUGUGAGAAGAAGCCUACAUGGACCAACGAUGCAAGUCAUGUUGACAAGGAUUUCGAGACAUGUGCACCAUUCUCGUGGUUCUCAACCGGUUUGUGUCAAGAGGAUGCUCCGUCUGGAGGGACGACUCAGUCAUCUCUUUCUCAUCAGUCUUCUGGUUCAGAUUUCACCUGGAGGCCACUUUCCCCAGUGGAGGAUGUUUAUACUUGUCUGAUGAAUCAUGCUCCUAGGAAACAAGUUCCGGUUGGGUCUACUCACCAGGCUGAUAUCCCUGAAUGUGUCAAGGAAGCGACUCUUGAUCAGUCCAAGACUUGUGCUAACGGUGACUUGGAAGUAAAACUGACGGGAAAGUGCAUAAUUCCGAUGCCUGACUCAGACGUUUGUGGAACUGGUCAAGGAAGAAAGGAAUGUCUUUGCCCGGAUAAAGGCUCCGUUAGAUGCGUGCGGCGACACACCAUGGAAGCAAGAGAGAGCCUGAUCGAAACUAUUGGAUACGAAAGGUUUGUGGAGCUAGGGCUCUGUGAAAUGGGGGACGAAGUUACAAGCCUAUGGACUGAAGACGAAGAAGAUCUCUUUCAUAAAGUUGUGUACUCCAACCCUGUUUCACUGGGUCGCGAUUUCUGGAAGCAGUUAAAGGCAACGUUUCCUUCAAGAACCAUGAAGGAACUUGUUAGCUACUACUUCAACGUCUUCAUCUUGCGGAGACGGGCAAUUCAGAACCGGUUCAAAACCCUAGACGUUGAUAGUGACGACGACGAGUGGCAAGUAGAGUAUGACGUUUUUUACAGCGGCAAAUCUUUAGAUGAGGACGACAACAACAACGGAAAGAGUUCCUCACAUGAAGAUAACGAGGAGGAAGAUGAAGAAACCAACAGCAGUGAUGAUGAUGAUGAAGAAGAAUCACCAGUCAACGAUGCUCAUUGUGUAUAUAUGGAUAAGGUUUCAAGAGACGGUGCUGGUGAAGAGGUAAAUGUGGAAGACGAUUCGUGUAUGUCCUUCGAGCUACAGGACUCCAAUCUGAUCUUCUCUCACAGCCCAAUCGAAAACAGAGAGUGCCAUAGAUCUGGUGAUGAUUCGUAUUCAUUUGAUAAUGCUGCUUGUGAUCGGUGAUUCACAUCAGAUUGUUGGACCAAGAACAACGAUCUUCUUCCAACUUCGAACAUCAUUGACGAGAUAUUUGGUCAAGACGACUGGGGAGAGAAUGAUAAUGAAGCUGAUGAUGAUGAUAACUCGAAGGGGAAGUAAUUAGGUCUUUCUUCUCCGGUUUCUGCAGGUUUUUCUCUUUUAAUUUUCUAAGUGAAAUUAUUUAAAGAAGCAGAAGUUUGAAAGUUUCCUCCUUGGAAUUUUUUGGGGUUUUUAGGUUGAAGAAGAAGGGACUCCUGAUUGAUUUGACUUUGUUUAAAGCCAUUAAAUCCGAGGAACCCUUUUCUUUUAGUUUUUAAUACCUCAAGAUUAUUUAGUCAAUAAUCUUUGUAUAUUUUGCUGUAAAAAGAAAAAAAAAAAAUUGGGAAAGCUAUCCAAAUUUUUGUA